AUGUGGCGCUUGCGGGCACCGGCGCCGGUCCUCGGAGUAGCUCGCAAGGCGCGUGCGAGAGAGCACGGCCAGAACUCCAAGAGCAACUGUAUCUUCGGUGCUUUGCUUCAGUUCUGGGCGAGGGCGCAAAAGCUUGACCUGCAGGCAGCUCUCCACGGCGAGCAUGUGUGGUCUCGGCGAAGCUUUUGCCGGCGUCAUGUGAAUGGCUCUGCCGAUGAGAGCGCUGCAGUGGUGGAAUUUGUUGCACGCAACCUUCGGUCCAUGGAUUCUCUGCCAGCAGUGACACUGACCUACGCUCAAAGUCUAGAUGGGUCCAUUGCUGCGGCUGGCAAUGAGAGAGUGCUAAUCAGUGGCCAGCAGAGCAUGGCCAUGACGCAUCGGUUCCGCACGAUGCAUGAUGCUAUAUUGAUAGGGGUGGGAACCCUUCUUGCGGACGAUCCACAACUGACUGCACGACUUGUUCCAGGUCAGAGCCCUUUGCCAGUUGUCUUAGACUCGAGGCUACGGUCACCAGUGACCUCCCGCCUCGUAGCAGGGGCUGCAGACAGAGCUGCAGCGAGAGCUGCGGAUGGCGCAGGGCUCGUGAUCGUGACCACAGAGAAUGACGGUUGCGUGAAGAAGCAAGAGCGUUAUCAGGCGCUGGCCUCCAUCCCUGGCGUGCGCCUCCUGGCUGUCCCUGAAAGGGACGGCUAUGCCUCCUUGCAGCACACGCUGAAUGCUCUGCGCAAGCAGUUCGGCUGUGACUCACUGAUGGUCGAAGGCGGUCGAGCUGUCAUUGCCAGCUUUCUGACCAACCCGCAGCUUGUCACCAGCUUCGUGGCCACGCUAAGCCCCAAAUUCCUUGGUGGUCUGGGUCCCUCUGCCAACCUCCAGAAUUCUAGAGACGCUCUUAUGAGCCUUCACGAUAUGCGAAGCUGCACGGUGGGAGAAGACAUCGUCGUGUACGGCGCCCCUGCGGGAGAUGGCAAGCCUUCGACCCGGAUAAAAGCUGCGAGCCAGCAGCCCGAGCCAGCCGAGCACGUCGAGCAUGUCGAGCACGUGAGCUUACGGAGUAGCUGUCGGAUGUGGAUCGAGGCAAUCGAUGAUGAGUGCGAAAUGAAGGUCUACAGCACAAGCAAGCCGGGCCAAGAGAUCGUUGCCUUAAUCAAGGGCCAAGUGGCUGGAGCGGAAGCUGUCCCGGUUCGAGUGCACUCAGAAUGCUUCACCGGCGACGUCUUGGGCUCGAAGCGCUGCGACUGCGGACCCCAGCUUCACAGCUUCCUCCACACCCUUCAUAUGGAGACGAGAGGGGUGCUGCUUUACAUAAGAGGGGAUGAAGGCCGCGGUAUCGGCCUGGUCGACAAGAUACGAGCUUACGAGCUCCAGGAGAAAGGUCUGGACACAGUGGACGCCAAUCUUUCGCUGGGUCUCGCUGCGGACCUGCGGACCUUCGAGGGCUCGCGGAAGGUGCUGGAGGGGUUGGGUGUGCGGUCCAUCCGGCUCUACACGAACAAUCCAGAGAAGGUGGAAGCACUGCAGCCCCUGGCAUGUGAGGUCUGUCCUAUGAACUCCACGCCCAACGAGCACAAUAUGGAUUAUCUGCUCACAAAGCGAAAUAGGAUGAACCAUAGAACUCUUCUUUCGGAGCUGGCAACGGAUAAGGCUCCCGCUCCCAGCCCCCAAGUCUUGUCACAGGACAGGCCAUUUUGA